AUGAGAGAACUUCUCAGGGAGAUUCAAACUUUGCCGAAUCUAUGCCGACUUUUGCUGGCAAGCACGACUUCAAAUCGACAGCGUCCUGUUAAUGCACCACCUACUAGAGAUAAUAAACUUAUUUCGUUUUUUCAUAUUGUUCAAAUUCUGCAGCUUCUACAGCAGCAGCAACAACAGCAGCAACAACAAAAGAUUCAAAAACAACAACCGAAACAACAACAACAGCAUGACCAACAGCAUCAUCAAUGCCAUCAAAAUCUUUCCAGCUUGCAAAUUCAUUUGAAUGAAUUCAUUAAAAACAUUGAACAACAUUCCAAUCAAGAAGUCAUCGAACGUGGAGGAACAUUCCUCAACAACUUGACUCAUCUCCAACAAAACAACAAACGAACUGUGGACGACUCACUGAUGCAAAAUAUUUUCCAAACAUUUUGCAACAUGCAACAAACCACAGACCAACAAACAGCAGUUGUGCAACAGGUUGAAGAGAGUUUGCAACAAAGUGAAUCGUGUGAGCCAUCAACUAAUUUUAGCUACAUUAACAACAAUAUGUUUACAAUAACAAACAACAACACAAACAACAACAACACGAACAACAACAACAACACUAACACCAUCAACUACAACGUUGUUACCGAUGAUAAACUUCAUGAUGUCGACAAUGGCAUGGGUAAUGAUGACAACAGCAAUAAAAAUCUGUUGAAUUCCUUUAAAACCAGCUUCAUAGAAAAACAAAAUAAGUUACGUAAACAAUAUUUUGACAGCUCAACAAACAACAAUACAAGCAAACUACAACAACAUCAACAACAUCAACAACAACUGGAAGAUGAUGUUGGUGGUGUUUAUAAGUUUCAGCGACAGACAGAUAGAGAUAAUAUUCAAAAAUCUCCCGAAAUCCACAGGCAUGAAGAUCCUCAAAUAAAAACUCCACCUAAUGAUAGCAGCCAACACUUUCAGCAUGUUCACAACGAGCGCAAUUGUUUUGAAUAUUUAGGAACGAUACAAAUUGAACAAGAAGAAACAAGAAAACAAAACCUACAAGAAUUACGAGAAUUGCAAGUGCAGCAACAACAACAACCACAACAGCCGCAACAACCGCAACAACGAAAUUCACAAUUACAACUUCAAUCACAACCACAACGUUCCGGUGCACAACAGACAAAAUUAUUAGAUCAAUUUCCAAAACUAGAACAACUACAACUGCAACAACCCCAGCAAGUACAACAACCGCAACAGUCUCAACAACAACCACUACUACCACUUCAGACGCAUUUGCAGCAAUUUCAACAGCUGCAACGACAACGUCAAUCUUACAAUUUCAAUGAAAAAAUUGAAAGAGAUAGCGAAAAAAGUGAGAGUAAUGAUGAGAUGAUAAUAAUACAAGUGAACAGUCACCAGCAAACAUCCGCUCGAUAUCAUUACAGUCCACAGCCACUAUCUAUAUCAACAAUUUACCCAUCUCCUCCAACAAUUGACGAAAUGUUGUUGAAUGUUCAUCUCAACAAUGUAGAACGACACAAUCAACAAAAUGCUGGUGAAGACAUGGUUUUAUCAACAUUUUCAUCUACAAAAUCUUUCAGUGGAAAAUUUCAUGGUUCGUCUGUUGCAAUGUCGCAAUCUUCGGAAGAAGGUCCUGUAACAGCAUCAACAACUUCAUCAACAAAAACAUUAGCAACAACAACAAAAACAUUAAUAACAGCAGUUACAUCAACAUCAGCAACAGUCGCAACAACACUAACUGCCGCAAAAGCAACUACAUCAGCGACAGCAGCAAUGAGCAAGAGUGACUCACCGUUACAUCAACCGACAUUAGUUUCGUUAAAUAAUAAUGAAAAUGUUUGCCGUGCUAACAUUGCCAAUUUUCUGCAACAAACGGAUUUUUCUACGUCAUCGUUGAGUGUCUCAGGUUGUAGAAUGACGUCAACUAUCGGUUCUGACGUCAUCAACGAUGAUGACGUCAAGGACCACAAUGAUGACAAUUACUUUGAUGGUAAUGAUAACAGAAGCAAUGAUAAUAAUAGGGAAUGUUGUUAUCGUUAUCACGCUGACGAUCAGUGUUGUAACAUUCUUACUCAUCCUGACAUUCAAUUUGACGAUGACGACGACGAUGACGUAAAAGGAUAUUUCUUUAUUCCUCGUCAUUCUUACUCCUAUCCGACAUCCCCUCACCGCCAUCAUCAUCUCCCUUCUCCUUUUCUUCAUCAUCUCCCUCAUAACUACAACCAAUAUUAUCACCGAUACAAAGGAAGUUGUUGUGUUGAAGAUGAGAAAAUGGAAAAUGCAGAUGAUACUAAGGUAACAUUAAAUAAUAACAACAGCAACAACAACUGCAACAACAACAACUGCAACAACAACUGCAACAACAACAACAACUGCAACAACUGCUGCAACAACAACUGCAACAACCACAACAACAUUGACAAUAUAAAUAACAACAAUACCAACCUAAGCAUUUGCAUAAAUUCAACAACAACAGUUGCAAAUAGGACGAACAAAACAAUCAACAGUCCGAUAAACAACGACAGCAUUGUAGCGAACAACAUAUGCAACAAAUUCAGGAGACCAUUAAACAUUCACGUCAUUAAACCUUCACUUGCACUUGAAACAUUUAAACUAAUUCCACCUUGUAAAAAUAUUUCUCAACAAAAUUAUACCCCAGCUGGUUAUUUUUUUCCAAAAAAUGGACAACAGACCGAACAUAUUUUCUCUAAAACAACUUCGCCGUUUCCUCAACUAAAAAAUUGGCAGCAACGAGUGGAGUCUCAAAAAUUAAAAAAUUCAGAAUUUAUUGAAAAAAUAUCGAAAACGCACUGUCGUUGCAAGAUUGAAACGAGUUCUGGGACUCUCAGCGGCUCUCGGGAAGAGGAAGGUAACAAAAUUUCAUUGCCAUCGUUGACCUCAACACCACCAAAACUGCACAAACACACAGCAUUCAAACCAUACAACAACGCAAACAACAACAACCAACAACAAUUCAGUCGUCAAUUUACAUUUUCAUCUUUCUCAUUUUCUGAUCCAACAAGUCAGUGGGUGUUGUCAUCUUCGCAUUCAUCACCGACAUCACAAAAGUUACUUCCAAGUUCAUCAACCACACUAACAUUCACCACACAAACAUCAACUACACAUGCACCAACUGAAAAUCAACAAAAUGUCAAAGAUUUAACAAACCAAGCUGAAAUCAACUCAAUAACUCAACAAAAUGAGGCGAAACGUUUUUACUCCGGUUACAUUCCACGGCUCUGUUUCAACGACGUUGAAUCAGGCAGCUGGUUACUUGAUAUUCCUCUCGUGGAAGAGCCUUGUGGGAAACAUUUGAGGAACGUGACGGCAUCUUCAAAUGAAACAUUUGAUAACUAUUCAACGUCAACUGAAGGCAGCCAAAGAUGUUUAAACAACAAUAGCAACGACGAUAAUUACUUCACUUCUAGGAUCAACGUCACUAGUUGCGACGACAAUAUAAAUGAUCAUCACGACAGCAUCAACUUCCUCAGCAACCAAAACAACAAAUAUAAAAAUAGAAGUGCAGAAUCGCUGACGUCACUAACUAACACCUCCUUACUCCUGAUUAACAUUCCGACAACAGCAACAAAAUCAAAAACGUCUUCAACAUUAACAAACUCCAUUCAACAAACAAUCUACCCCAACAUCAAAAUCUGUGAUUCAGCAACUAAUCACAAAGAAAUCAACAACGUAGCUAACAAAAUAUAUGCCCUCAACAUUGCCGACAGUUAUACCAUCAAAUCAAACUCUUGGAAAGAGUUGCAACUUGCAGACAAUCCCAACUUUUCUAACAAAAUUCAACAUUACUGUUGCGCAACUAUUUUUAACAAACUCUACCUUUUUUGUUGCGAAGCAAGCAGCAACAUCAAUAACAGUAAGAACGGAAGCGUUGAAAAUGUUGAUAACAGCAACAACGACAAUCGUUGCAACAGUUACGAUGACGCAUGCAGCACUUCUUACAAAGUUGGUUACGGGAAUGGCAAAGUGCUCAACAAACAAUCAGAUGCGAUGGGUAAGCAUUACACGACAAAUAUUUAUGAUUUCUCGCAGAACAGAUGGACUUCUGGAAAACCAGUUUCAACGAGGAAUGAAAUCUCAACGAUAGGAGUUUACGAGAAUAACGUCAUUUUAUUUCAUUCAGGUGGUCGUUUUAAUCAGCAGCAACUUCACAAUCUACAAACUCCGGAUGACGGUAACUACGGCGAUUUUGAAGAAGAUGAAAUCUGCAGUCGUCUGAAAAACAGUAAAGCUGAUUACAAAAACUUAACUGGAACUUUUAUUCCCGGGAAAAAUGUAAUAAAACACAAGCCUGACGCGAUUGUUAUUGAUAACCAGAAGAGCAAUGGUAAUCCCGUGACACGAAAAAUCAGCUAUAUUAGCGUUGUUUCAUCUCUGGAGAGAAGCUAUUCACUUAGCGUCACUGACAACGGAAGUGAUGCUAGCAAUGACGUCACUGUUUGUGACGUAAGUGAGGCUGGCAGUGAUGUAACUGGGAAUGACAGAAGUGAUGCAAGCAGUGAAGAUUUUUGUAAGAAUAGCAGUGCACAAAAGGCAGCGAAUAGUUAUUCUUCACAAUCUUUUCCUUACGAAUCUUCAGAGCUUUUCACGAUGUUGUCCUAUCAUGCUGAUGAAGAUUCCUGGAAAGAAAAAAGUCUGCCUGUAAAGUUGCCACGUGCUGGUGUUGCGUUUUCAAUUUGGAAUGACGAGUUGUUUGCCGUUGGAGGUGCAACGUUGGUUCACGGAGAUGACGAAGCACUGAGCGUCAACGAAGGAAACUUGAUGCACCCGACCAACCUUCACAUUCUACUGCAUGCCGAUGUUUUUAAAAUUUGUUUGGCUUCAUUUUUUUGUAAACGGUUAAAACAGUUUGAAGUUAGUAAACAUUUGGAAAAUAAAUACUUCAAAGUUAGUUUUGGACCAGGACAGGUGUUUUCCACAUGUUUGGACGUGCCCAUAUUGACAACAUCCUCCUCGCAACAUUUGUUGCCAGCUGAAAACUCUUCAGUUUUGAAACUAAGUGACCUCAACGUUCCAACAAGUCAUUCAACGUUGGCAGCAGUUAGUGGAAGGUUGUUGUUGACGGGUGGAUUGAUCCAAGGUGGAGUUACUGACAGGAUCUUGAUGUACCAGGAAUGCAACGAUCUCUGGGUUGUCCUCUCCGCUACUUUAACCUUUCCCCGAUAUGCCAUGAAAGGCUCAGUUUGGAAGGAUAAAAUAUUUUUAUUGGGAGGAUUCAAAAGUGUGAAAUCGGUGAACAAAAAAACUGGCAGCAGUUGUUUUUUGAGGAAGAAAGCAACAAGUUUCUCUGAAAUGCUGACUGUUGAAGUAAUGAGUAGAAAUGUCGAAAAAAAUUUCGACGAAGAAAGGGGUACGAAAAAAUUCGGAACUGAUACUGUAAUGAAUAUUGAAGAAAAGGUUAAACACGUUGCUGAGAAACAUAUUGAGAAAGUUGUUAAAUGUCAAGUAUCUGUAAGUCAGUUUGAAAAACCGAAGGAGAAGAGCGUUGAUGCACGAUCAGUAGUUACAGCCGAGAAAUUGGGAAAUAACUAUUUCCUUAGAGGCAAGCUAUUAUGA